AUGCCCACUCGACGGACGGCCGUGCGAGAUUCUCCGGGUGCUAGCCGCCGGUUUCCUGCCAGCCGUGCCGGACUCGUUCGGCACCUGGCAUCGUGCGCCCGUCGACGCUCGUGCUGUAGUUCACGCUCACGACGGCGCCGCGCACAGGUGAGCGUGCCCCUCGCCCGCCGCCAUCGACGUCUCGGCCACUGUCCAGGUCCAGGUCCACCAGCCACCGGAGAGCGCCACGGGGGAUUGGCGGAGCUCGCCAGCCCCAGGAUGCGGGCAGAUAUUCGUACAUGCGUAGCGCGUGCCUCCGGCGCACAUGGCGGACGCCUCAGCCAAAAGCUUGCUUACCUACAGUACAGCGCGAGCGGAGCACGGUGGUGCGCGCCUUCCAAAGGACCCAGCGGUUCCGUGGCUCGUUGGAGCGCGAGCAGUAGUACUGGAGCGGUAGUAUGCGCAGGGAUGGGAACGAUGCCGGGGUGGUGA